AUGGCAGAGCUUCACGAGAACCUGGCAAGCCUGCGAGGCUUGUACCAGGACCUCUCGGCCAUCCCCGACAGCGCGUUCCUGAACGUGGAGCGACUGGUCAUCGAAUUGGAAACGCAUAUCCAGGACUUUCAAAAUCUCCUAGACAAACCAGCGAAGAGCAAUGCUAGUCGCCAAACGGUACUGUCCGGCAAGAUCACGGUUGCCGACAUCGAGUACUCCAUCAAUGAAGACUUCCAACAAGGCGCACUCCAGCUCGCCGAUGCUUUGAACAUUGACGAGUUGGAGGCGGCGGUGAUGUUCCUAGCUGCUCAGGACGACUCCCAAGUCCUCGACCGAUCUCCUCUUAUCACCGCGAUUAUGCGAUUCCACGAGCGCCGCCAUUUUCUUCUCGAAUGUUUACGCUUGAUCUUCCGCGAAGCUCUCGAAGCAGAAGGGCCUGAGAAUAUUCAGCCUAUCAUGCAGGAGACUAUGGCACUCGUUCUGGACACCAAAAACAGACAAAUGCAGAACGCGUCUCUGUUUGCCAGAAAGGUCUUGGGGUCCAUGGGAGACGUCGAAACGUGGCUGUCACUUCUCGGAGACCAGGUCCAAAAGGCCUCUAUCGUGGGACAGGAGGAGGACCGUGACAUCAUGGAAGCUAUUGAAUACCAGCGACACAGCCUACAACAGCAGCAUGAGUCGCUCGGGGCCAUCUUACUCUACCUUUUCAAGGGUACCUUCACCAGCGCCGAGGACUUCCGCCUCCUGAUCGCCCAUCUGAAGAAGCUAGAUCGUCUUGAUGGGCUACUCAUCCACUACUUCCCAGUUGCAAUCGCGUCCUUUGUUCGUCACGGUUCUCCCGAAAGCUCUGGUACUCGAGCCGAGGCUCGGGGUCUGCACGAUGUGAUCGCCAAGGCCGCGGAUGGUCAAACGUGGAAGCUCCCGAAUUUCCAUGCUGCUAUUACCGCUUUGUGGUUAGCCAUCUAUAGCGGGUGGUACUUCGACGAUGGCCCAUCAGAUCCCGUUCCCAAUGUUGAUCCAGAGAAAGAGGCCGAAGAGCGCACAAAGAUGUUCAUGGUAUCUCUUGAUGACGGGGCACUCGAGUUGAUGUUGGCGAUAUGCGCCAGCGUCAACAGUGAAGAAUGGGCAGAUCCCGCGCGCAGUGAAUUAGUGGCAUUGCUUUUGAAAGAAAGUCCCAUCAACCUACCUGACUCUAGUUCGUGCAGCGGUUACAUGAAAGAACUACUGAUGCAGAGUUUCGAGGUGUUUGUGGAGUCGUGCAUUGCAAACAUGCCUGAUGCUGUUCGAAAACUCAAAUCAGAAGAAGACAACCAACGUUUGGAUCAAAUAACUGCGUUGAGAGAUGGUCUGACGUCGAGCACGAACCGCGGUCUGGUGGAAGCACGAACUCACCUCGAGUCCCUCUUGAUGAUUAUUUCAUUUGCUUUUGAACAUCGAGAAGAUGCUGCGCAGGAAUUUUGGGGUGAUGUGGAAGGUAAUCUUUACGGGUUCCUCCAAUGGGCGUCUAAGCGUCAAACCGUCCCCCGAGUCAGUGCUUUUUGCGAGAUGCUCUGCUCUAUCUCGGAAGGAGAGGAGAAUGCCGCUGCUGCGCACAGGUUCUUAACAGAGGAGGAUAAAUUCCUAACUUCCAAGUUGAAGCGAUCUACGAAUAUGAACUGGAUACAGAUGUUCGCCGAAUUACAUCUCUACGCAACAAGAGUCACGGAAAAGUCUCCAGCCAGCGGCCAGACCUCACAUACUGCUCAAGGCCUCCUACGUGCUCGGAAGCCGGGGCCUGUGGAUAUGAGCGAACCUGAAUCCCCUGUUAUGCUCACCUGUUACCUCCGCCUCAUGGGUCAUUUGUGCAAGCAAAGUGGAGCCAUCCGAGAAUGGAUGCUUCAAAAUCAAUCAUUCAAGGUUGCAGAGGAACUUCUCAUGUUGUGCAAGGGUCCUAUCCCCAGUCAUCUCAGGGCAACAAUUUUCACUACCCUCUCCGCCUUGAUGACCGACAGAACCCCGGGACAUGGCAACGAUAUGUGGGAGUCGAUCAACACCUUUUUGAUCAGUGCACCAGCAGGGGAGACGUCAACCCUCAUGAAAGCCCCUGCACAUUCCAAUCAGAGCCUAUGGUACGAACAGCAAGCGUUGCAGAAAAUUGGCGAGAGUUUUGAUCAAACCAAUGCCUUUGUGGUUCUUAUCAAUUCCCUAGUCACGCCCACCUCGGACCUGAGUGAAAAGCCUUUGUCCCUUACGUAUCCGGAAUCUUUGGGAGCCGCAUAUCGCAUGCCUGGAAUUGAACCUUACGUCGACUUUAUCCUGGGUCAUGCUCUUUCUCGUAGAAUCCAGGAUCUCAGUGGCUAUCAAUCCCGUUUGUUGACCUUCAGUUGCUUGGAGUUCGUUGUGACAACUCUGCGGACCUUCAACGAGGAUCUCGUCACUGUUCUCAGCCAACCCUCUCUGGCCGAGUCUGCUGCAAAGGCUUCCAACCUUGAAGCCUACGUCCGCCUGCAUGCCUUUUCUCGUGUGAUGGAGUGGCUUUUCAACGAGGACGUUCUGAAAGCGCUGUUCGCAAUCAGUCAGCUGGAUAUCUCAGAAGUCGCUCAGGCGUCGUCAGAUUCAGUUUUGGUCUUGACAUUACUCCGCAGUGUUGAGGUGAUGAAUUUGAUUAUGGAUCUUCAGUCGACCUACUUCAACGUCGUCAAGCCCAUGGUCAAGUCCAAGUCUGUGGGGCACCGUUCCACCGUGGCAAACUCGUCACUCGCUUCAUUUGAAGAUAGCGUGCUCAACAACUUGUCCUUGGUCCCUGCGCUCUGUCUUUAUUGCGGUACGGGCCAUGAGCAACUUACCGUCACAUCUAUGGCUCUGCUAGAGAAACUCACGAGUUCACGCAAACUCAACAAGAUGUCCACGUUUGAAAUCACAAAAUGGCAGUCCUCGAACAAGAUCGUGGAAGUCCUCGCUACUGAGGUGGAUGUUGACAGUGUAGCGCGCUCACUCGUCGCCAUGAUGGACCCGGACCUAAGAGAACUGGAGUGUGGGCCGCGGGCAGCUGGCUAUGUUAUUCGGGAAAGCCUUCUGGCCCUCUUGAACAGCUGCUUGGGUAUGAUCACAGAUCGCCCCACUGUAGCUCAUCUCCUGCUAGGCUUCAGUUGUUUAGGAAAUAUUCUUGAUGUACCUGCGGAUGGUUUGUUCGCCAAUCGGAUGUCGUUGCUACACGCCAUCAUUGGCUUCCUGCAGGCUUACCCUGAUGAGCUGGAUGGAACUAUUACAUCAUACACGGUGCAUCUCAAGCGCAUGGCCUUUGAAGUCCUAAAACACCUGUGGUCCUCGAAGCUCGCGUUUUACUUCACUUUGACUGAGAUGCGCGCGCAUGGCUUCUUGAUGAACAUGUUUGCGGGACAACCCAUUAUCGGGCCCAAUACCCCCUGGAAUGGCCAUCCCAUUUUCACAGACGAAUUCUGGGUCACCGAUGCGACUUCAGCAUUGGCGGAAUUCCUUCUCUACCGAAGCCAUCUAUUUGCAUAUGCUGCCACUGAGAUUCGCUCUGCCGCAAAGGUCGGAUCACCCACGCUCCAGGCCGGUAUUCUCUCAACUCUUCUGGGAAGCUCGACAUUGGACAACGGUGAAUCUGUCUCUAAUGCGUCAGUGUUUGACCUUUUUGACUUUGCAGACCUUGAUGUCUCACGCAACUUCCAAGUGCCUCGGCUUAUAUUCCUAAACAAUAUUGGCAUUGAAGACUGUGCCAGCCAAGAACGGGACACGUUGGUUCUUUACGAUAUUUCCAAGGUUGAGGAGUUGAUCCACAUUCGCAAGUCCGAGUUACUUGCCACCUUCCCCGGACGGCCUCACGCCGAGGAACAAUUCGACACUGAAGCGGAAGGCUUGAAGAUCUUCAUUCUGGCGACCAACCAAAGCCGACAAAUUAGUUACAACCGCUAUCUUGCCCUCCGCUCGUGGGCAGAGCUCGUCACCACCAUCACUACUUGCUCUGUCUUAGAUGACGCGACCAGGCCGACCUUCAUCCUACAUGCUAUUCAGAUGAUUCUUCCCAAGCUUGAAAUCUCAAUUGAAAGCGAAUCACUAGAAGCUAUUGAACUCGCACGUUUGGGUGAAACAUUGAUCAGCAAGCUUGCGUCCGAUCUUCCUGAAGCCCCUACCUCUCGGAGUGGAGACGUGAUCGAUGAAAAACUUCACCAGCUCUUCCAGGUGUCCGUCCGCGGUAUCAUGCUGGCUUCUGGGAAUGUGUCUUUGAGAGAAGUUCUCUACAGCAUCUGCUCCCACUACAUCACUCGCAUCACAUCAUCUGAUAUCGCACACGAGAGCCUCCGCCGUCACAGUCAACAAAUUGUUAAGACUGCAGGCCCUGGUCUUGUAGAGGCCGUCUGCGACGAUGCUUAUACUGGGCAGGAGGCUUGCCGUGCUUCGGCGCUUCUAUUCUUGAACUGUCUUGCAGCUCUGGAUAGCCGAACAGACUGUGUUCUUGCUGAGCUGAUAUCUCAGUCGAACUAUCUUAGUCUGUUCCUCGAUGCAAUCAGGUCACUUCCCGUUGAGCUUCGGAAUGCCCAGGCAGCUGAUACUUCUUCCCUGUUGGCAUACUAUGAAUCUUUGCUAGCCCUGCUACAGCAGCUGUCUCAGACCAAGAGUGGAGCCACUUAUGUUCUCAAGUGCGGUCUGUUCGACUCUGUCCGUGAGUCGCAGCUGUUUGCUGCGGAUCCCGACAUUGGCAUUGAUAUUGAUAAUCCGGAUGCCCUCCGAAAGUACUACGACUUGCUUCUAUGUGUGAUCCGUGUCAUUGUCUCUGCCGUGUUCUCCAGGGGAGCCCACAAUGAGCAGAUCAAGGCACAGACUCGCGCCUUCAUCGCCGAGAAUCGGCCAUGUAUGGUCGGUGUGUUUAAGCGGUUUGCAAAGAUUGGUGGCAGUACCAGUGCCACUCAUCAUGAAGCCCUCUGCGAACUCGUCAAGUCAUUUAUGGCUCUUGUGACCGCUACUGAUUUCCUCGAGUUCGAGGAUCAAGAAAUGCAGCAGCACACUCGGCCCGCUCUGUUCUCAUGA